AUGGGGGAAGUGGAGGUUCCAGAUCCGAACGACCCUUUGGGACAACUUGACGGACCAGACAGCCCUCUUCCAACUCUGAAAGGUUACUUUCUGAAUUUUCUAGAGCCAGUCAACAAUAUCACCAUUGUCCAGGGCCAGACAGCGAUUCUGCACUGCAAGGUGGCRGGAAACCCWCCUCCCAACGUGCGGUGGCUGAAGAACGAUGCCCCCGUCGUGCAAGAGCCGAGGCGGAUCAUUAUCCGGAAGACAGAAUAUGGCUCUCGACUGCGAAUCCAAGACCUGGACACGACAGACACUGGCUACUACCAGUGCGUGGCCACCAAUGGGGUGAAGACCAUUACCGCCACCGGAGUCCUCUACGUUCGGCUCGGUCCAACUCACAGCCCAAAUCAUAACUUUCAGGAUGACUACCAGGAGGACGGAUUCUGCCAGCCUUACCGGGGAAUCGCCUGUGCACGUUUUAUUGGGAACCGGACCAUUUAUGUGGACUCUCUCCAGAUGCAGGGGGAGAUUGAAAACCGAAUCACAGCGGCCUUCACCAUGAUCGGGACCUCCACGCACCUGUCAGACCAGUGCUCGCAGUUCGCCAUUCCGUCCUUCUGCCACUUCGUGUUCCCGCUGUGCGACGCCCGCUCCAGGGCACCCAAGCCGCGGGAGCUGUGCCGCGACGAGUGCGAGGUCCUGGAGAGCGACCUGUGCCGCCAGGAGUACACGAUCGCGCGCUCCAACCCGCUCAUCCUCAUGCGGCUGCAGCUGCCCAAGUGCGAGGCGCUGCCCCUGCCCGAGAGCCCGGACGCAGCCAACUGCAUGCGCAUCGGCAUCCCGGCGGAGAGGCUGGGCCGCUAUCAUCAGUGCUACAACGGCUCGGGCUCAGACUACAGAGGGACAGCCAGCACCACCAAGUCGGGGCACCAGUGCCAGCCCUGGGCCCUGCAGCACCCCCACAGCCACCACCUGUCCAGCGCAGACUUCCCCGAGCUCGGAGGGGGGCAUGCCUACUGCCGCAACCCCGGAGGCCAGAUGGAAGGCCCCUGGUGCUUUACGCAGAAUAAAAACGUACGCAUGGAACUGUGUGACGUACCCUCGUGUAGUCCCCGACACAGCAGCAAGAUGGGCAUUCUGUACAUCUUGGUGCCCAGCAUCGCCAUCCCCUUGGUCAUCGCCUGCCUCUUCUUCCUGGUCUGCAUGUGCCGCAAUAAACAGAAAGCRUCCGCGUCCACCCCUCAGCGCCGGCAGCUGAUGGCCUCGCCGAGCCAGGACGUGGAGAUGCCGCUCAUCAACCAGCACAAACAGGCCAAACUCAAGGAGAUYAGCCUGUCCUCGGUGAGGUUCAUGGAGGAGCUGGGGGAGGACCGGUUUGGCAAGGUCUACAAAGGCCAUCUGUUUGGGCCCACCCAGGGGGAGCAGACCCAGGUGGUGGCCAUCAAGACGCUGAAGGACAAAGCCGAGGGCCCGCUCCGGGAGGAGUUCAGGCACGAGGCCCUGCUGCGGGCUCGGCUGCAGCACCCCAACGUCGUCUGCCUGCUGGGCCUGGUGACCAAGGACCAGCCCCUCAGCAUGAUCUUCAGCUACUGCUCGCACGGCGACCUCCACGAGUUCCUGGUCAUGCGCUCGCCCCACUCGGACGUGGGCAGCACCGAUGACGACCGCACGGUGAAGUCGGCCCUGGAGCCCCCCGACUUCGUGCACGUCGUGGCGCAGGUCGCCGCCGGGAUGGAGUAUCUGUCGGGCCACCACGUGGUCCACAAGGACCUGGCCACCCGCAAYGUGCUGGUGUACGACAAGCUGAACGUGAAGAUCUCGGACCUGGGCCUCUUCCGCGAGGUGUACUCUGCCGACUACUACAAGCUGACGGGGAACUCGCCGCUGCCCAUCCGUUGGAUGUCCCCCGAGGCKAUCAUGUACGGCAAGUUCUCCAUCGACUCGGACAUCUGGUCCUACGGCGUGGUCCUGUGGGAGGUCUUCAGCUACGGCCUGCAGCCCUACUGUGGCUACUCCAACCAGGACGUGGUGGAGAUGAUCCGCAACCGGCAGGUGCUGCCCUGCCCGGACGACUGCCCUGCCUGGGUCUAUGCCCUCAUGAUCGAGUGCUGGAACGAGUUCCCCAGCCGGCGACCGCGCUUCAAGGACAUCCACAGCCGGCUGCGGGCCUGGGGCAACCUGUCCAACUACAACAGCUCGGCGCAGACCUCGGGGGCCAGCAACACCACGCAGACCAGCUCCCUGAGCACCAGCCCCAUGAGCAAUGUGAGCAAUGCUGGCUACAUAGUGCACAAACAAAAGGACCAGCCCUUCCCACAGCCCCAGAUCAUCCCCCUGAAGGGCCAGAUAAGACCCAUGGUGCCCCCACCCCAGCUCUACAUCCCCAUUGGUGGCUGCCAGCCAGUGCCUGCCUAUGGGGCAUACCUGCCCAACUUCUUGGUCCGGAUCCCUGUGCAAAUGACUCCACAGCAGGUGCCCCCUCAGAUGGUCCCCAAGCCCAGCUCACACCACAGUGGCAGCGGCUCCACCAGCACAGGCUACGUCACUACGGCCCCCUCCAACACCUCCGUGGCAGACAGGGCCGCUCUGCUCUCGGAGGGCACCGAGGAGGCUCAGAACGUCCCGGAAGACGUGGUCCAGAGCCCCGUGCAGGAGGCAGAGGAGGAAGAAGAUGGCUCUGUCCCAGAGACGGAGCUCCUCGGGGACAAUGACGCUCUGCAGAUGGACGAAGCACAAGUUCAGCUGGAAGCCUGAGGGGCACACAGGGCCCAGGCACCAGGAGAUGAGACCCCACUGUGACCCCACAGGGACUCCGACCCCCUUUGAGAGAUCACAGACCACAGUGAUCACCAGGGCCCGGGCACGGGAGGGCUGGUUUGCAGACUCAGUGACC